AUGAAUCGUCUCUUUGGGAAGAAACUCUUGAUACGUUUCAACGGGACCACGUGUCUCAUUGCUAUUGGACCGUUUCACAAACAGAGAGAGAGAGAGCAGUUACGACGACGAAGAAGAAGAGUUUCCGUUUGCUUGUGUAAAUGCAAAGGAUCUCCGAUAACUACCAGCGAAGCUUUCGAAGAUGGUCAGACCCGUCCUGUUUCCCCUCUUUUCAAUCGCGAUCUCCUCUGGUUUGUGGAAAACAACAGCGAGGAAGGGAUUGAGGAAGGAAACGAUGGCGUUUCGGUAACCGACGAAGGCACACGACUGCCGACGAAUAAUUACGGCGGCAAUGAUUUAGCCGGUCAAGAGAAGGAAGAGAUUGAGAUAUGGGUCUCACAGUUAACUUAG